GGAUGCUAUGGGCUAUGAGCUGCCAUGGGUCUAUUUUGUCUCUCUCGUCAUCUUCGGCUCCUUUUUCGUUCUCAAUCUUGUUCUGGGGGUGUUGAGCGGAGAGUUUUCCAAGGAGAGAGAGAAGGCCAAAGCACGUGGUGACUUCCAGAAACUCAGAGAAAAACAGCAGCUAGAGGAGGACCUCAAGGGCUAUUUAGACUGGAUCACUCAGGCUGAAGACAUUGACCCAGAGAAUGAAGAGGAGGGCAUGGACGAUGACAAACCUAGAAACCGUAAAAGCCGCUUUCAUUCUCUGCGUGGAGCCGUGAAGAGAAAUGCGGCUUUCAUUCUGAGCAUGCCAGCCAGUGAGAAUGAAUCCGUCAACACAGACAACGCCCCCGGGGGAGACGUGGAGGGGGAGACCUGCUGUACCCGGCUAGCAAAUAGGAUCUCCAAAUCCAAGUUCAGUCGAUACUCUCGGAGGUGGAACAGGCUGUGUAGGAGGAAGUGCCGGGCAGCGGUCAAAUCGCAGGUUUUCUAUUGGCUGGUCAUCUUCCUGGUUUUCCUCAACACUCUUACCAUCGCCUCUGAACAUCACCAGCAGCCUCAGUGGUUAACUGAUGUACAAGAUAUUGCCAACAAGGUGUUGCUAGCACUCUUCACUGGCGAGAUGCUGUUAAAGAUGUACAGUUUGGGUCUGCAGGCGUACUUUGUUUCGCUCUUCAAUCGCUUCGACAGCUUUGUAGUUUGUGGCGGCAUUCUUGAAACCAUUCUGGUGGAAACCAAGGUUAUGUCUCCUCUGGGCAUCUCUGUGCUACGUUGCGUACGCUUGCUGCGAAUCUUCAAAAUAACCAGAUACUGGAACUCUCUGUCCAACCUGGUGGCGUCCCUGCUGAACUCUGUGCGCUCCAUCGCUUCCCUGCUGCUUCUGCUCUUCCUCUUCAUCAUCAUCUUUUCCCUGCUGGGCAUGCAGCUCUUCGGGGGGAAAUUCAACUUUGACGAGACCCGACGCAGCACCUUUGACAACUUCCCCCAGUCUCUGCUCACCGUGUUUCAGAUCCUAACAGGAGAGGACUGGAACUCUGUGAUGUAUGAUGGUAUCAUGGCAUACGGUGGACCGUCCUUCCCCGGCAUGCUGGUCUGCAUCUACUUCAUCAUCCUCUUCAUCUGCGGAAACUACAUCCUACUGAAUGUCUUCUUGGCCAUCGCUGUUGACAAUCUAGCAGACGCUGAGAGUCUGACAUCUGCCCAGAAAGAAGAGGAAGAGGAGAAGGAGAGGAAAAAACUGGCCAGGUUGGCCAUCCCAGAGAAGCGUCUAGCCGAGAAGCUGCCCCUGGAGGAGAAGAAGAAGGAGAAGAAGAAGAAGAAGAAGGAGAUAGAGCUGAAGUCCAUCACUUCCGAUGGAGAGGCCAACACUGCCACAAAGAUUAGCAUAGGUGACUACUGUGGAGAUGAGAGUGAGGAGAAGAACCCAUAUCCUGCCAACGACUACAUAGGAGACGAUGAGGAGGAGGAGCCUGAGAUGCCGGUGGGUCCGAGGCCGAGACCACUCUCCGACGUUCAGUUGAAGGAGAAGGCCAUUCCAAUGCCGGAGGCCCGCGCUUUCUUCGUCUUUGGUCACGAUAACAAAUUCAGGGUUCUGUGCCAUAAGAUAGUCAAUCACAACAUCUUCACCAACCUCAUCCUCUUCUUCAUCCUGCUGAGCAGCAUCAGUCUGGCCGCAGAGGACCCGGUCAAGAAUGACUCCUUCAGAAACCAGAUCCUAGGAUAUGCAGAUCAUGUUUUCACUGGACUCUUCACCAUUGAGAUCAUUCUUAAGAUGACAGCCUAUGGGGCCGUCCUCCAUAAAGGUUCAUUCUGUAGAAACUAUUUCAAUAUUCUGGACCUGGUGGUUGUCAGUGUGUCCCUCAUCUCCUCUGGAAUACAGUCCAGUGCCAUUAACGUGGUGAAGAUCCUGAGGGUCCUGCGGGUGCUCAGACCACUGAGGGCCAUCAACAGAGCCAAAGGACUAAAGCAUGUAGUGCAGUGCGUGUUUGUGGCAAUCCGGACCAUUGGCAACAUUGUCAUCGUCACAACGCUGCUCCAGUUCAUGUUUGCCUGCAUUGGAGUACAACUCUUUAAGGGCAAGUUCUUCACCUGUACUGACAGCUCCAAACAAACGUAUGCAGAGUGCAGGGGUUCCUACAUUAUGUAUAAGGACGGUGAUGUGGGGAAGCCUGAAAGAGCCCUGAGACUGUGGGAGAACAGCGACUUCAACUUCGACAAUGUCCUGCAAGGCAUGAUGGCUCUGUUUGCUGUGUCUACCUUCGAGGGCUGGCCAGAGUUAUUGUACCGAGCCAUAGACUCUCACACCGAGGACGUUGGGCCUAUCUACAACUACCGCGUGGUCAUCUCCAUCUUCUUCAUCAUCUACAUCAUCAUCAUCGCCUUCUUCAUGAUGAACAUCUUCGUCGGUUUCGUCAUUGUCACAUUCCAGGAGCAAGGAGAGCAAGAGUAUAAGAACUGUGAGCUGGACAAGAACCAGCGUCAGUGUGUGGAGUACGCUUUGAAGGCACGUCCAUUGCGGCGCUACAUCCCCAAGAACCCCUACCAGUAUAAGGUGUGGUAUGUGGUCAACUCCACCUACUUUGAGUACCUCAUGUUCACACUCAUCCUUCUCAACACCAUCUGUCUGGCCAUGCAGCAUCAUGGACAGACAAAAGGCUUCAAUGAUGCCAUGAACAUCCUCAACAUGCUCUUCACUGGACUCUUCACUGUGGAGAUGAUCCUAAAACUGAUCGCCUUCAAACCCAGGGGGUACUUUAGUGAUCCCUGGAAUGUGUUUGAUUUCCUCAUCGUAAUUGGCAGCAUAAUAGACGUCAUUCUCAGUGAGAUCAACCCAGCUGACUCCUCCUCGUCCUCGUCCUCCUCCUCUUCGCCCUCCUCCUCCUCCUCCUCCUCUUCCUCUCACCCCCCUGUGGUAAGGCCAAUGGUACGCACUGACGGUAACCUCGCCGCCUCCCUACCUCCUCCACCAUCUCUCCACCCCUCCAUCCUUUAAUCCCUUCUUCUGCUACACCAUGGUAUGAUCCAAGACUUUCUGCUUUUCAUCGUCCUGGCAACUCCUUCUGUCGCAACUGCUGUCAUUCUCUUCAGC